ACUUCAAUACAACAUCACAUCUCUGACAUAACCCACGAAAUAACCACCCAUAUCUGGAAAAAUACACCAAAGACAUAAUAACACAUUUUAAGAAGAAAGCCCGAGUGAAAAGAGCCUCAUUACUUACCCCUGAGCCCCAGUAACUCGACGCUGGUUAAACCCAAAAAUCUCCUCACAACUCACACAACACAACACAACCACCACAACCACCCUCGACACCAUGGACUCCGAAUCAACAGACCCCAACCUCAUGCUCCUCUCCCUCAACCUCUCCGACUCCGAACCCGAAGAAGCCGCCGCCCCGGGCAACACCACCCCCACCACCACAACCGCCCCAACAGCCGAGUACCAGCCCACCCGCGCCGAACGCACCGCCCUCUCCGAAGAAGCCUUCCAGGCCCUAAAACAAACCUACCGACCCAAGGUCGAGAACGGCGAUAUCCGCAGCACGAUCCCCCUCCCCCUCCCGACAACAACACCGCUGCCCAAACCGCAGGCCCAGGCCCUGCUGCACGCGGCCGAGGAGUUGUAUUUCUUCCGGCGGUAUGCCGAGGCGGCGGCGUUUGUGAGGCAGGUCCUUGGCGAGGGUGGUGAUGAGGAUGGCGAGGGUGGUGGUGAGAAUGGGGAUGGGAAUGGUGAGGGUAAGGGUGAGGGUGAGGGUGGGGGUGGAGGAGAGGGAGGGAGUAAGGGUAAGGUAAAGACGAGGACGACGAGGAAGGGGAGGGGGAGGGGGGUGAUUGACGGCGAGACGAGGCGGUUGUUGGCGUACUACCUGGAGAGGUGCGAGGCGCGGGCACGCGACGGGGGUGGUGGCGGGAAUGUUGGGGUGAGUGUGAGUUGAGAUUCGGAGAGAGGGGCAAGGGAAAGGGGUGGAGGUAGCAACGGGCCGUGGCUAGUCAGUCCGUUGGCGACCAUCAAGGCGAUAGACUCAACUUAGUCGAGGGGAUGCUCUUUUGCCUCUGUCAAGGAACGCAGUCACAGGGGCAAAACUGAAAACG